UCGGGGGCAGAAUGCAGGAGUAGAUUAAGAAGAGGUUAGAGGACAGAUUAAAUGUUUGGGGCACUGAGAAAAGGGUAUGAAGCUGGGUCGGGCGCAGUGCUAAAGAUUUAAAGGAGAACAAGACGAAUAGCCAAGACCAAAGGGGGAGACGGUCGGGACUAGGAGUUGUGGGAAGGGUCUCUGUUAUUGCCUAAAGGUAAAGGAAAGAGAUCUUUCUGAAGUAGAAUGUGGCCAUGAGUCAGGGCAACUGCUGCAGUAGUUGUUCAGUUCUUUUUUACGCCCCACUGAUUAACUUCGUAGAAGCAGGACAGGAGGCACCCUUUCUCCAAGUUACUCGUUUCCUACCUUAUUCUUUUUCUCUCUUGGGAAAAUCAGAGAACUAAGGUCUAUUUCACCCAUAGUGCCAGGGGCAAGGCAGCAAAGUCCUCCUUUACAAUUGUUCGGGGAAAGGUCUCACCCAUCUCAAGGGCUAUGGAGCGGGUAGAGAUGAUCAACAUCCAGCGCCUUUUGGAGGCCGCCGAAUACCUGGAUCGCAGAGACCGAGAGUGUGAACAUGGGUAUGCCUCAGCCUUCCCUUCCAUGACAAGUCUUGGGCUGCAGGACCCAAAGCCACUGCAGAGACUGAGCCGGUCAAGAAAGCAUAGCAGCGGAGGCAACAGCACAGGCACCACAAACAGGUCUACGCACAACGAACUAGAAAAGAAUCGACGAGCCCACCUCCGCCUGUGUCUAGAGCGCUUAAAAGUUCUGAUACCAUUAGGACCUGACUGCACCAGACACACAACCCUUGGGCUGCUUAACAAAGCCAAAGCGCACAUUAAGAAACUUGAAGAAGCCGACAGAAGAAGCCAGCAUCAGCUUGAGAACCUGGAAAGAGAGCAAAGAUUCCUAAAGCGGCGAUUGGAGCAGUUGCAAAGCCCUCAGGACAUCGAGCGAAUACGAAUGGACAGCACUGGAUCAACCAUGUCCUCAGAUCGCUCUGAUUCAGAGCGAGAAGAAAUUGAAGUGGAUGUGGAAAGCACAGAGUUCUCCCAUGGAGACGUGGAUGAUAUCAGCACAACCAGUACGAGUGACAUUGAUGAUCACAGCAGCUUGCAGAGCAUUGGGAGCGAUGAGGGUUACUCCAGCGCUAGUGUCAAGCUCUCCUUCACUUCCUAGAGCCUGGUGCUAGAGCAGAGCAACUGGUUUCUUUGGAGCAACUGAGUUUCAUUUGGCAGAGCUCUCAAGAUACAGUAUUUUUCUUACCCAACCCACCCUUCAACAGCUAAGCUUGGACAGACACAACUUUAGAAUAGCUCCAUGGGUCCAUGGAAGAGUGGGGACCUAGCAGGGGAACCAAUUAGUCUUUAUCUGACCAUAACCCAAAUUUUUUGACUUAGUGCUAAACUUCAGUUAAUUUCAAAUUCAGGACACCGUUCCAGUUACAUAUAGCUGGACUGAGAUUUUUCCAUCAGCAGUGGAUACCUAUAUUGAAAGAUGGAUUGGAUGGGAAACUUGGCUGUUCAGGUGCUUGCUUUUUAAUUUGUCACCAUUGGGGGGGGGGGUUCCCCCUCCUUAUGUUCAAACUUAACAAACUUGUUAUAAGACCCUUGUGGUGCUAAUAAUAAAUAAUAUAAAAUAUGUUCAAUAUCUAUGAUAAUCUAGCAUAUCUGGGAUAGCUGUAUGUUUUUCCCAAAUAAUGGGAAAAAGUAGCCAAGGUGAUAUAGUUCAUUGGAUGAACCACUUCCAAUGCUUUGAAGGGUUUUUUUUAAAGCUCCAUUUUAAAUUUCUUUAAAUUCCAUCAAUGAUUUUUUUAUUUUUUUUCUUCAAUAUAACUAAGCAGCUAAAUAGUUUUCCUGUAGCUUCACCAGCAAAAGUUAGUCCAGUCAGCAUCUUUUAUUAACUGGGUAUCUCCAGCCAUCUUUAAUCAUUAUCAUCUGAGAAAUGUAAUAAUAGCAAGAUGUUCUGCUUAUAGCUCAAUGUUUCAGCUGGACUUGGUUUCAAGGCAAAAAACUUGGGCUAUACGAUUUUACCACUAGAUUAUUGAGUUGUAGCAGCCACCACAGGUGCAACCAUGGUCUGGAUUCAGUGGCUGAAUUAGAAUGAUUCUCCUGUUAGAGGGCGAGAGACAGACCAGCCUGUAAAACAAGUGAUGAUGUGCAAAAAAGACACAAGUCUCCAUUCUGAGCCACAGUUACCUUUUUUUUCUUUUGCAAAUUAUUUUGAUAAAGCUUUGUAAAAGUUGUUUGGGUGAGAUAACCUACACGUGACAAUGUAUUUUUAGAUCUCCUAGACAUGAUCUUGCAAACCUUUUAUAAUUAACACCAAUUGAAAGGGACUUGUUUUCCUGCUGCCAUGCACAAGAGGAACAGGGACUCCUUCUUGGGUUUUAUGGCUCUACCUUUUGGAUUCCCUUUGCGGACUUUGGUACCUGGAUUCCUAAUAUAAUCUUGGGUUCAUAGCUAAGAAGCAUCUCAAUUUAACAAUCUGCUAGGUUGAUUCCAAUUUCUCCUGAGCAGAAACUGUUGUUGUUUUGCAGUUAAAGAAUAAGAUUGUAUCCAAUGUUUUUAUCAUUGUUUUUAUUUUGAACUUUCUAACCUGCACUUUGAGGUCUUUGCUUUUCUUUAAGCUUUUUAACCACAGAGAUACUUAUUACUGUUCCUUUACCCAGUUUAAACUUUAUUCUUUAUUUUGAGACUUCAUCUAUGACACUUAUUUGAGAAUUUUGUUUGGGAGGGGUAGUAAUUUGCCUGUUCCCCAAUUACUAAGGGAAAAAACUGAAAAGUAAAAAAAAAUGCUUUAUAAACUCAUAACUUAUUGCUGAUUAUAAUUACUGGUUGUUAAUUUCAGUCCUGUAGAUCUUUAAUUUUAUUGUUUAGAUAGGACUGGGUGACAAAAAAAUAAAACAAAAUAACCUCAUUUAGCAGUAGUGGAAUUGUGUUUAAAUGUUAGCAUAUGUUUCUGCUUAAUAGUAGCACUUUAAUACCAUUAAACAUUUCUGUAUCUGAAAUACGUUUGUUCUGCCAUGUUGGUCACUCAUGAGACUUUAGAAUACUCAUGUUGUUUGUGCCUGAAAAAAAACCCUCCAUUGGCCAUGUGAUUAGAUACCCCAAAUUACUUCUCCUGUAGCUCUUGUCUUAGUACUGUUAUGUUGUGUGAUUUAACUCCAAUGUGUUAGGCAUUUACCCCAGAGCUAUUAUUAUAUUGUAUAACGUACCACUUUAGGACCUGUGUCAUGUAUUAGAGACAUCAUGCUGCCAGGUUUUAUAGUGUGUUCAUAGCUGGGGUUUUAAUUCUUAUGUUCAUUAAAAUCUGGUUGCAGUUACACAUCUCUCCUAUGGAACUAAAACUACUAAGUAACACCAGUUUAUAUGGUAACCUCUCCCUCUAGUGGCUGAUAUAGGAAUUGUUAGUUUUAGUUAAUGAGAGUAAAGAGUAAGAGAGUAAGAGUAAGAACUUUUUAUAAUUCUGAAGCCUAUUAAAUAUGGCUAGUGUCUUAGUACAAUUUGGUGGGAUGGCAAGAAUGAUCGCUGAAAACUCAAAUGAGCUGUCACUCCCAAUCUACGAUUUCUUAUCCCAGCAAAAUAAACUUGUUUCUGUGAAUUCAGCUGCAGAAACUUACUUAAAAGUGUGUGUUUUCUCGAAGCAGAAAGGCCUGACUUCAAAUUUUAAUGGUGUCUUCACUAUCCCACUGGGUCUUAGUGUGUUAGAACUAGAAAGGCUGGAUAAUCAGUUCUAACACACUAUCAAUACAGGGGAAAAGCAGGAACCGGAUGAGAAGCCUUGCAUUGAGAAAAUCAUUUCAGGAAAAGGCUGAAGGAACAGCCUUGACGUAAAGUCUGAAAAGCGUGCGUCAAAGAAUGCACAGCUUUGAUUAAUACGAUCUUAAAUUAAGAUCAUGUAAAAAUGAUUCUGCACCAAUUCAUUCCCAAUAAAUUAUGUUUAGUCCUAAUGCAAAACCGUUUAAUUAGUCACCUUAUGUCAUUGGACAUCCAUUUGUCUGAAAUGGUAUAGGGGUUCCUGCCUCAGUAGGGGAUUGGAGUAGAAGACUUCCAAGGUCCCUUCCAACUCUGUUCUGUUCAUAACUUUUUUUGAUGUAUUUGACUUGGUAAAUAAGAAACUAUAAUCCAGAUAGACAUCUCUGGAAAUAAUACUCUUUCCAUUUUACAAAGUGGGAAAAAAGUGUUAUACCAUUUAUUAAGUAGGAUGUACUGCAGCCUGUCAUAAUUUAUUGCAAGGACAUACUAUAUAUUUUUCAUAAAUGUAAAACCAUAUCCUUCAUUAUCCUUUUGUUUUGGGGUGUUAUACUUGUUCCUCAUCUUCAAUUCACAACCUUGUAUAUUAUUUUUUCCACCAUACAAAAAUUGGAUUCUCGUUUGGAAUAUAAUCCUAUGCAAGUUUACUUAAGACAUAAAUCCCGCUAUGUUCCAUGGGACUUACUCCCAUUUGUAUCUGCAUCAAAUUAAGCCUUAGAUUCAGACAUGAGGUUGUAUACACUUUUGCAUUUAAAAUGCAGGGUAUUUUUUUUAUAUAAUGGGAGUGGUUGUAUCAGCAUCCAAGCAGGGCAGUUUGAGGCAAACCCUAUUUUUCUGCUUUGGAAAAUCUCUUCGGAAGGUGGCAUUAGCUUUGGAAAUAAAAAAAAAUGCCACUAUUUCAAAAUCAUCUAUGUAUCUUGAUGUUAGCCACCUCAAAAGGCUAAAUAAGAAAUGCUAUUCUCUUACAUGCUAUGCUUUUAUAAUAAGCAGUUCAGACAGCCAUUCUAGUAUGAUCUGCAAGUCACAUUCACUGAUACAUCAUUCCAAAUCUGUGCCCUUAUCUUCUACUUGGCAAUACUGUGUAUAUGAGAAGAAUGAUUCUGUAUUUUAAUGAAAAAUAAAGAUGCAAAAGAGGGCAUUUAUACUUGUUACAUUCAAAAAGAAAACCAGGAUUCCUAUAGAGUUAUUAAAUUUUCACUUAUGGCAAGUAAAAUGGCUUACACUGAUUCAGGCAGAGAUGUUUUGUAUUUCUAGGUCUACUAAGUGAAAAUUUACGAGACUGAAACAGAAUUUAUAUAUAUUUUAUUUAAAUAUGUAUAUUGGAUGUUUUUUAUUGAUUAUUUGGAGAGGUGUCCGCUGUAUCUAAAUUUACAUCAUUUGUGUCAAUUUUUGUGAAUGGUAUAAUUUGCAGUAAAAACUUCAGUUUAUUAGAUAAAUUAUAAGAGUCCAAAUGAAAAAUUUGUCUCUUACUUCAAAAAUGAGUCAAAGGAAGGGUUUAUUUACUAUGUAAUGCAGGCUAUUUGAGUACUUUUUCCUUCAUGGUUUCUUGGAUCAAACUAGCGGGCUAAAUUUAACUUUUUAACUUUGCUAAAUUCUAGGAUAUUGUAACUUGUUUUACCAACAAGUUUAAUUAUUUAAAAGUUCUGAUUUUUAGAAGCCUGAAACCUGUCUUGGCUACUUUUAUUUUCUUUCUCUUUAGUCUCCUUGUACAGAAGAGUAGGGGAAUUCACUUAUAUCCAUAUACCAAUUCAGUUGGGCAUAUACCAAAAAGUGGAUAUAGGGUUGCAUACUUAUAUGAAAUAAAAGAAGCAAAGACAAAUAAGUAGGCUUCAGAAAGCAGAAACGUUUAGUAUAUGUUAAUCAGGUCAAUACUUUUUAGGAAUUUAUUAAACAGGCUUAACUGGAAGCAAUAGUUAAAUCACUUUUCAUUCAGACAUAUCCAUUCUGUUUAUCUCACUCUGAACAGGUAGUUUUUAACCUUAUGACUAUUAAUUUAAGAGUAAGCAAAGUCACGCUGGCGUUGAAAAGUGACUUACACCUGGUUCUCACACUUACCAUUGCAGUGGUCAUACAGCCAUGCAAGCAAAAUUUGGACACUUGACAACCAGCACUUAUAUAGGACAACUAUAACAUUCUGGGGUCAUAUGGUUACCCUCUGCAACGUUCCCAGGGGGUUCCAGCAAGCAAAGUCAAGAGGGAAGAUAUAUUUGCUUAAUUACCACAGCGAAAAGGUUUAAAAUCAGAUGCAACUCAUUUAUUGCUUAGUGAUGAAAGUACUGUUCCCAAUUGUGGUCGUAAAUUGAAGAGUACCUGUCCUACAUCAAUUGGUAAAUAUAAUAUCUACCGGUAUCCAAAACAUAAUUUGGAAGAGUUUAUUUCUUUGUGUACACUGGCUGACAUUUCCUUACAAAAAAAGGAAUGCUUAAAAAAAUGUCAGCAUUACCAGCAUUAUUAUUAUUAUUAUUUGCAGCUAUUUUACUAAGAAGACUCGUGAUUUUAUUAUUUAGCUGGUUAAAUCAGAAAACAUAUAAAGAAUGGUUAACGUGCUAAAAAGUUUUUUUUAAUGAAUUCUAAAGAUCCCUUAAACGUCGUGCACAUCUUUUCAAAAAUAGCUAAGACACAAAUACAGUAUACUAAAGUAGUUCUAGAUAAUAUCAGUUGGAAGUACCUCACUUUAUUAUGUAAAUGCUUCCCUGUGCUUCAGAUAUUGCUAUAUCUUUGGUAUUCUUCCCCAUCCUGCAAUAACACGUACAAUACAGGGUUUUGUUUUGAAAUGUUCUAUCUCAGGGCCAGUUCAUAUUAGCACUGGACAAAGUAACUAAAAUACACUGAUCACUUUUUUGAGAUAUGAGUCAAUGGUUCUGCCUUUAGAAGCUUUCAAAAAUAAUUACUAUCCUGUGUUAUGCCAAAGGUUGAAUUUAUUAACAAUAGUGUGGCAGAAAUGGUCUGAAGAAAUGGCAGGAUUUUCUAGUGGUUAUUACUCUGAGUCUAUGGCAUGCAUUGAUCAGUUCACUCAAUCUGUACUUUUAUUUAGGGUAUCUAUAAAAGUUGAAAUAAGGCAAAUAAAGACCAACAGGGUAAGACCCUAUGACUACAAAUAACUUGAAUAUCCUUAAUUCUAACCACUGUAUUUAUAUUUUAUUUCUAGCAGCAAAAGAAACUUAAGAAACCAAAUACAAUGAUCCCUAAAAAUAUAGAAUAAUAAAAUUAUUAAACCCCCAUGAAGGAGCUUCAUUAGGCUACUUGCUAAUAGUACUUAAAUACACGUAACAUACAAGUCAGGAAGUUGAAAGCCAAUUUACUGUAUCUAACACUACCAAUUUCAGCUAAUUUAUUAAGGGAGAGUAUACAAAGCUGCAAUUGGUCAUAAUGAGGUCAAUAUAUGCAGGGUUUUUUUCUCCAUGGUAGCUUGCUGGCUGUUUUAAAUUGCUUAUUAAGCUCCAUUUGGAGUACAUUUCAAGUGGAUGCAAGGUAGCAUCAUGUAGGUAUAAAAUGUUUAUCUAUUACAAUAAAUAUGUAAUUCCAAUAAAUAGCAAGAUAUUUUUACAGACAAAAUUACUCUGGCAGUGCUGACAGUGCUUUUAUUGAAAUUAGCUGGUGCACAAUUCUGCAUUUACUGAGUAUCAUGUUACUUCCAUUAACUUGCUUUUUAAAAUCAGAGUUGCUAGAAAUUACUUUCCAUGUAUUUUUUUCCUCAACUACCACACCAUGUAGAUCCUGGAUUUGUAAAGAUUAUUCUUGCUAAACUGAAGUACAUAAACCCUGCUUGUUAUGUUGAAACCUACUCAUAGCAAAGGAUAUAAUUCUAGUAUGACAUCUUAGUUGGAAAACUCCAAGAUGUUUUCUUGAUUCCUAGCAAAAAAAAACUUUUACUGUUUUGCUACUUAAACAAGCUAAUGAAAUUGCAAUAUAAUCUUACUAGCAAUAAUUUGCAGUUAUUAUGACGGAAAGUAAAUACAAUGCAGGACCUUAAAUCUAAUGCAUUCAUUUUAUCUUAUAUUAUGUUAACAAGUAUCUAAUGCAAAAAUUAGGGUUGUGCCACUAUGUUAUUCAGAUAUUUAUCAGAAGAAGGAAAAAAAAAUUCAGGAUUUUUUUUCCAGUUUUUAAUACAUUAUGGAAUUCUUUUGCAAUCUUUAAAGGGGUAAAUCACAUGGUGCUGUGAUUCUACAUAGUACUAUGAUAUUGCACUAGUCUAAGAAUGCAAUUCCAAUCUUAAACAAAUGUAUCCUGAACAAAUACUGCACAUUUUGACCACGUAUGAACUUCAGUGCAAGCUCAUUUUUAACGUGUCUUCUAUCAUUGUUUCAAUUCCCUUGAACUUGCCUGAACUAUGGCAGUUAUAUAUUGACUCUAUAGCCAACUGGUAUUUUUUGAGGAUUUGACAGCUACAAAACAUCCCAAUAAAUCUUUAAUAAGCAGAUUGACCAGUGCUAGUCUAUAAAACAAUACCGAAAUGCUGAUUGCAUCUCUCUAUCUGUAAUGGUGCAGGGACGGUGCUGACAACACUGUUGCAUUUUCAUCAUUGUAAACACAAUUCUUUUGUUUGUGGCCAUCUAUAUUAACUUGUUUAAAUAUAUAAAUAAAUUUUAUGACCUUUUAUUUCAAA